GAUUUUCUGGUUCAAGUACUCUCAAACGUCACAUGAGUACUCACACGGGAGAGAAACCAUAUACUUGCUCUGUAUGUCAAAAAAGUUUUUCUUUUCCAAGAUAUCUCUCAAUUCACAUGAGAACUCAUACAGGAGAGAAACCAUACACUUGCUCUGUAUGUCAAAAACGUUUAUCACAAUCAAGUGCUCUGAAAUAUCACAUGAAAACUCAUACAGCAGAAAAACCAUAUGCUUGCUCUGUAUGUCAAAAAAGUUUUUUAGUUUCAAGUGCUCUCAAAUGUCACAUGAGAACUCAUACGGGAGAGAAACCAUAUACUUGUUCUGUAUGUCAAAAAAGUUUUUCUGAUUCAAGUACUCUCAAAUAUCACAUGAGAACUCAUACGGGAGAGAAACCAUAUACUUGCUCCAUAUGUCAAAAAAGUUUUUCUGAAUCAAGUAAUCUCAAACGUCACAUGAAAACUCAUACGGGAGAGAAACCAUAUACUUGCUCUGUAUGUCAACAAAGCUUUUCUGUUUCAAGUACUCUUAAAACACAUAUGAGAACUCAUACGGGAGAGAAACCAUUUACUUGCUCUGUAUGUCAAAAAAGUUUUUCUGAUUCAGGUGCUCACAAACGUCACAUGAGAACUCAUACAGGAGAGAAACCAUAUACUUGCUCUGUAUGUCAAAGAAGUUUUUCUGCUUCAAGUAAUCUCACAAAACAUAUGAAAACUCAUGCAUAAGAGAAAGCAUUAUUUACUAAACAAUCUUAAAAGACAUGAGAAUUCACACUAGACAGAAACUGUAUAUUACUUGAUCUCUGUUAAAGUUAUUUUUAUUAUUUAAUGCUUUUAUGUAACUGCUGUAAUUUGAAUAUUGUUAAGAGAGAACUUUGUAACUUUUGUAAGUGAAAUUU